GCGGCGGCGCAAGAUGGCGCUGAACAGGAACCACUCGCAUGAGGGGGGUGUCGUCAUUCCCAAUGCUGAGAGUGUUCUCAAACAGUGUAAAGAUGUGGAGCUGUCCUUCAGUGACGUGACAGGCAAGCCUGAAGCUUUCAAAGGCACCAAGAAAGGGGUGCUUUAUCUCACCCCUUACAGGAUGAUCUUUGUGUCGAAGGGCAAGGACCCGAUGCUGUCUUUCAUGAUGCCGUUUUAUUUGGUGAAAGGAUGCUCGGUCGAGCAGCCUGUUUUCUCUGCCAAUUACAUCAAAGGACAAAUUCAGGCUGAGGCAGGAGGUGGCUGGGAAGGGCAGGGGACAUUUAAACUGACUUUCAACAGUGGAGGAGCCAUUGAAUUUGGACAGCUGAUGUUCAAAGCUGCCUCUAAUGCUUCCAGUGGUGUUCCUCUCCAGAACCCUGGCUAUGGCUAUACACCUGUGCCCGGAGGCUAUGCACCUGCCCCGCCUGCUCCUGGGGGUUACUCACCUUCACCCGGGGGCUACGCUGCUCCUCCACCGCCAAACGGACCAUAUCCAUACACACCACCUCCAAUGAAUGCCUAUGGCCCUGCUCCACAGCCCAUGGGAUAUCCAUAUGCCCAGACUCCAGGUAUUUACCCACCACUUCCAAACAUGAACCCCAUGUAUGUGCCACCUCCUCCCCCCUACUCUGGGCCAUCUCCUGCAGGACCCUCAGCCCCAUCAGCUCCCCCAGCCUGGGUGAACCCAGGGAUGCCAGGGGGCAGUAAGGCCAUGGAAGCUGCUUCCAGUGCAUAUUACAACCCUGCCAACCCACACAACGUGUACAUGCCCAUGGAUCAGCCACCUCCUUAUGCACCUCCUGAGGAUAAGAAGAAUAACUAACAGAAGGAAAUUGCAACCAGCCUCCCACACUCACUCUCGCUGAAGCAACUUGGCGUCGGGUUAGCCUGUCUCUAGGUCUCUGUUUAGGUAUUAUGUAUGUAGUGCUGGGCAGCUGAGCACCUGCCCUCCUUAAGCAUGAAGUCAGUGGCAAUACAAGGCAGAACAGCAGCACUUUUCCUGCUUAUUUAUCUCAUGGGCUCAAAGCACUAGUCUUUUGCUCUGCCAUUGGCUUGAGGAGAGAGAUGGAUGACUUCUCAAAUCACCAGUAGACCACAUCACUAAUUUAGGACUAAAAUAUGAAGGCUCUGGGAUCUUGGAGGAAAUCUACUUGGAAUGUCAUACUUUUUACUUCCUCUGAAGCACCAUUCAAGGGGAAAGGUAUAGAGAGCCAUGAGGUUCCUCGCAUAGACCCUUGGGUGCCACAGAAAGAUCUUAAAGUUCCUUAAAUUCUGGUACAUCUCAGUGUGGGAUGGGACUCUGGAAAUCCUAUAUUGUGCUGGAAGCAUGUUUCAUGUCCUGCACUGGCACUCAUGGUGUGACAAGUGUGGGCAAAUUCAUCCCAAGGGACAUUGAAGCAUUUUGCUGUGCAGGAGGGAAGGGGCUGGGCCUCAUUCAGUCUGCCUUUGUAGACAUUGGAUAGAAAAGCAAGCAAGGGUGGUGCCACAGGGCAGUGAGCAAAUCUGUCAGGUGUGCAAAUCAGUCUUCCUCUCCCUCUCCUAGAAGCAGGUCCCAUACCUGUGCAAUGAUCCUGUGUCAAGCAGCCAUUCUUCAAGCAUAACGGAGUCAAGUGCUGCACAGGAGGCUGCUUGCCUGGAGCAAAAUGUGUAACAUUAGGAAGAUGACCUGGCACUAGCCUUGUCCAGAGAUGGGUCCCACAGCCCUGGCUCACUCUGCUGAGCAGGCUUGUGCCAUGUGCUGGCUCACAGAGGAAAAUCAGCCUUCAUAUCUUCCUGGGGUGGCUGCAGUCAGCAGCUGUGUGCCCACAGCCCAGUGGUAUUGGAGGGCAGACACUGCCAUGCCCAACCUGGGCUGCUUGGGGCUGCAGUACCCUCUCUCAGCUAGGAAUCAAUGUCUGGUGCAGGUGUUACUAACAGCUCUUGCAGAGAGUGGCUGCUCAGCCACGAUUUCCCCUUCUUCCUUAGGACAUAGUGCCAUGAAACCUGAAGAGGGUCUCUCCAGUCUGGUGGAGACCCUUGUGGUCAUUUGCAUAUGGGGUGAUUGUACUUCUUACUUCUUCCUACAGCCUUCCUACCUUCACAGUGAAGGAGAAGGAAUGUUCUCCCUAUUCCCUGUGUUCCAGGGCUUUCCUGUAAGUCAGGCUUGCAUGACUUGCAAGUGUGAAUUCCUAAAGCAGCCCUGCACAGGGAAGUAAAUGUCUUUAUCUGUAAACACCUUUUUAAGUCUGAGUUAAGAGAUAUUCUAACAACUCUGUAUUUUAAAAAGUAAUACAUAAUCAAGGAUGAAUGUUUGUAACUUUUUGAAUUGCACUUUAAUA